AUGGACACACUGUUGGCUCCGCUGAGAGCGGCGAGCUCUAAGCCGGCGAGGAGGGCGUAUAUCACGACGUUCUUGCUGACGACGUCGGCGACGUUUUUACUCCUGAUUGCUGCCGCGACUUAUAUAGCGUUUUACAUGAACUAUAUACCGGACCUGAGCCAUCGGCAUACGCUGCAUUUGCAGUAUUCCUACCUCCAAAGCUGCACUGCAACCAAAAACUAA